CUCAGUCAUUGCCUGGCAUUACAUUUCAGAUUAUUUUGGAAUUCUAGCAACAGUCUUGGCAAAGUAGGAAUUUCCUAAACAAAAAUAAAAGAAAUAAUCAAAAUUCGAAAUUAGAGAAGGAUGACGCACAGGACGCGAGGAGCAGCUGGAGCAGGAGAAGCGGCCUUACAAGGAGGAGAAGCAGGCGGAGCAGCAGCAAUACCAGGGGGAGUAGUACCAGCAGGAGAAACAUCAACGAAUGCCGGAGAAAGGAUAAUCAUUAUCAGGAAGGAGAGCUUGUCGAACUGGGAUAGUGAGAGGGCAGCUCGCUUUUUCGGGGAUUUGCAGGUCAAUGAGGUCCGAACCAUGCACUAUCUGGGCCUGGCCUAUAUGGUCUUGGCCCGACGACCCAGGUUACAGUUGAAAGUGCCUCUGGCCACCUUGAACUUCGACGACGGAGCUGCGGCAGCCGGGUCGGGGGAACGUGGCGGUUACGCCCUUCAGCUCAUUUUUACCUGCCCGGCCAGCUAUCCGCUUCAGGUGCCACAUGUGGAAAUUGUGGAGAAGCGCAACAUAAGCGAUGCCUUGGAACAGGCGCUCCACGAGGAGAUUGCCCAGACAUUAGAGCAGCACCUGGGUCUCCAGAUGAUUGUUCCGGUGGUGACACGUCUACAAAUGAUGAUGAACACGGAGAUGCGAAGGCCAUCUUCGCAGGAUUAGCUUUGUUUUUCUUUAAGGUGCAUCAUAAUCAUUUAUCUUUGUCCUCCUUGCGAUGUGAAGUGCAAAUUCAAUAUUCCCAUAUAAGGUGUGAAAAUAAAUGGGAUCCUUCAAACCAAAA